CCUAUUUGGCUAUUUAGAGAUAAUGCUGAGCAAGAAAGUGCUGGCAAUGACAUGAACCUAGCAACUUGUAGCUCUCCAAAGGGCUCCCGAAGUUAUUGAGAGGGGAAAAAUAAACAAGAAGCAAAAAUGGAUUUGAUGGAAAAAAAUGACCCGGAUAACAAGAUGACUGUAUUACAAGGCGCAGCGAUGGAGGAGGAGGGGGCUCAGAAUAUACACGAUGAAGUGGAGGAUUUGAGUAACAGUCUGAGAGCAAUAGUCCCAGAUGAGAUAGUGAAGCCCAAACUUCAGUGCCUGAUGAUGGAUCCAGCUUUCUCAAUGGUAACACUACAGAGCGAGGACAGCGGGAUCCUCUGGGAGACGGCGUCUAGCCGCUGCUCCACACCCUGGGCUUCGGAAAUGAGUUCUCCUGCCCCAGAUCUCUGCAACAGCCUUAUUCCAAGAUGUCCAACCAGUCCAGGUUCAGAAACGGCAGGUAGAAUCAUUUUUAUAAUGGACGAGGAACAUAUGAUCGGGAGGAAGAAAAGAAAGCGGAAUAAAGCACCCGAGAAGCUACCAAUGAUAACCGAUGAAGUACCAGGAGAACCAGAAAGGCUGGCCAUGGUGGAGGUCUCCGUUCCCAAUGUGAUGGCCGAGAAAGAAAAAGAGGAGGAAACGAAAGACUCGAAAGAAGCAAGAAAGCAGCGUUUGUUCCGCCUGGUCUCUGAGGGAUCAGAGAUUCUGAAUAUUGUUGUGCCCCCCAAGGUGUCCACAAUGGAUGAGGAGGAGAGCAAAGCGCUGGUAGAUAACUUGUCUUACCUUGAAAACACACCUAUUAUAAAAGCCAGUGAGAUCCCUGAAGAACCUGAGACAUCUGAGGAGACAGAAAAUCUGGAACAUCUUCAAGCUACAGUCCAGGCAGUAUCAGAGCCUUUAGCUUUGCCACCACUGAUCAAGCCAGCACAUAAACAAGGUACAUGUGAGGACUACUUUGAGAAAUUCACACUCUUGGACCAUCAGGCACCAUCAGGAGUUCCUACAGUAGAUGAGAACGAAGAGCCUGAGACCACCACUGAGCAAGGAGAACUUUAUGAGAGUGAAGAUAAUGUCAUCGAUAUAAAACCAGAGGUUUCAGACGAUUCUGCCUCUAUCAGUGGAUUGGAGAUUACCAGCGAACAUGUGGAUGAGGUAUUUUAUGGAGGUGGACAAGAUCCAGAUUUUCAAAACAUAACAAAGGGGGCCAAUAAAGAAGAGAAACAACCAAAAUCACCCUUAAAGGAAAGUGGAAGUGCCCUAUUUGGUAGCCAGGAGUCAAUCCUUACUCCAAUUUUUCUGCCUGAAGGACCUCAGAAGAUCAUAGAUCUUGUCCUGUUGGAGGAACCAAAGGCCAUGGCGUUUAUGUACUCAGAUUUGUAUGCGGACGCCGUAGGAAGCAGGAAGAAGCAAGACGAUACAGAGAGCGUGACUUCAGAAAAGUCCUUCCACAGCCAGGAGUCUGACUCCGAAGACAGAGGCUACUUGGAGAAAUUUGUGCUUAAAGAUGAAACUCCAGUGACUCAGGUGGAUCCAUUACAUGAUGAUUGUAAAAAGGAUUGCGUUAGGAUGUGGUCACAGUAUGCAUUUGGCUUGACACAAAAUGACAGCGAUGACACAGGAGCACUGGACGAUGUUGAUGAAAUCACCGAUUUCUUUAGGAAUAGUGCUAGCUCUUCUCCAUGUGAACCUAUCCGGCUACGUCAGGUGGAACCAGAAGAAACAAGAACGGAGACUAAGACACGACGUGUGGUUUUUCAGGAUGAAGGAGAAGAAAGGACAACUGAAGAGGACAUAGACAUUGCAGAAGCGUUUUUACCACUUGACAUUGGCAUGGAUCCACUAGCACUGGAGGCAAGCUUGAAAACUGCAGACUACAAAUCAGUCAUUACUGAAUAUGCUGCCAAAACUUGUGCAGCCACACCAAGCAAGCCAGAAAAAACGAAGGUUUCCUCCAGAGCUAAACCUCCAAAAGAUGCUUUUAUCCCAAUCCACGUUCCUCAAACCGUGAAACCCAUUACACCUCGUUACAAACCCUUCCUGGAACUGACUCCAUUACUUCCAGUAGAGAUGCCUGAGGAAGACGGACAGAAAGAGAUGAAACUGAAAGAAAGAGAAGGAAGUGACAAAGUUUGUUCAUCUACAGUUAAAGGAGAAGAGGCCUCAGUAGAAGCCCAGGACUAUGAGCGAAUCACCCAGCAGGAGGCAAGAGAAUCUGCCCCCAUGCCCCAGCAGUGCUCAUCCACAGGAAGAGAGGAUACCGACAGCGCCGGCUUUCCUACAGCGGAUAACUCGAGUCAUUUGAAUCUCCUGCAUGCUGUUGAGGCGGAUAAUGAUACUGUAGGUAUUCCAGUGUCAUAAUUUAAAAAUUCAUGCUUAAAGUUCAUGAGGACACUGCCUAUGUAGAAGAAGUCUCUUCUGUAUUUAACUUGUAAAUAUUUCAAUAACCUUUCACUCUACAUGGACUGUGCAAGUCUUUUAUACAAGAUCUGCAAAAUAAACCAAAGAAUAUCAGGAAAAUAC